UUUUGUGUUCUUUCCUUAAUUGAAUUGUGUAAAUUAACGUAUAAGUAAACUCGCCGGCCGGUCGGGUAGAAUCAGGCAGACCACAAAGAACAAAAGGCCAAUAGAGGAAUUUGUUUGCUAUGCAGAAAUUAUUCGAACCACUUAACUUGAUGAGCUGUCAGCAAUGAGCUCGAGAGCACGGAAACAUUUUUUCUUUAAUAAAAUGACUCAAAUUCAUAACACGAAAAUUGCCAGUUUAGCAUUGUUAUAAUAGAGAAAAACAUAAACUUAGGGCACAGAAUCGAGUCAUCUUGGAGUCAUCUUAGGAUUAAAACUUGGGGUGAACCUACUUUCUGUGAACCGGAACUUAGAAUUAUACUACUUAAAUGACAAUGUCAUUUAUUUACUGAGUUGAAGCUAUUUUACAGAGCAGUAAUCGAUAUGAGUUACAUUCCUGAAUGUUCUUAUUGCCGGCCGUUGACUAUGUUUAGGUUUAAAGAAUUACAUAACAAACUGUAUUUCACUUCGUUUGACUAUAGGUGAUGCGCUUAGCCAGGAAAGGAUUACGGAAACAUUUCCAGCUCUGCUCACAAUGAAGGAAAUAUCGAUGAAGAAGUCAGACAAAAGCCUCCUACCAUUACGAGGCAAAAUAUCUCCUCCAACGAUUUUAAACUGCGACAACCAUGCCAAUGAACAACCAUACCUCGAUAAGGAAACCGCUAAUGAUAUUUCCAAAAGAGAAAGGAUGUUUUCUGUAUCUUCGAGGAGUGCCUGUAGUUCCAAACAUGAUUCUAGUUUGUCUGAAGUGAGAUCCAUGACUCCUCCAUUUACACCACCGACGAACAAUGCAAAUGGGGAUCAAGGGUUCCUUGUAAGACGACCUUCGGAACAUUUUCUUGAAGUACUAGGAGAACAUAAAUCGAGGGAAACGCUGCCUAAGGUAUUGUCAGCCUCGUGUCUUCCUCCAUUGCGAAAUGCGUCUCAAGGAGAAGACACUAUCAAGAAGAAUCUUAAAGAUCUGAAGGGAGCUAAUGGUGUAAUGAAUAAUAAUUACGAUGGAACCUUUUCCCGCCCAGUUGCACCUGAUAACAACACAUUGCUUCUUGGACCUGGAGGUAGGAGAAGGAUGUCAACACCAAUUGGCGUUGAGAAAAAACAUCUUCGCAAAACGAAUUCUUUGCCUUUAAUCAAAACUGGCUUUGCACUUACAACGGGAACAGACUGUAUAAACGAUUCCGCCUUCCACAGGCACACAAAGUCCGCCUUCACAAGCCAGGAAAACAAAAUAGACGAAUGCGUCGACCACAUUCAAAAUGUAAAGAUCGAUGAAUAUUUAGACGAAGAAUUGUGCGACGAAGACGGAGUGAUCGAUCAGAACGAUGAUGAGGAGACAUUCGAAAAAUUCUCAAUGAUUUGCCAUUGGCUGAAAGACUGCGAAAAAGCUAAAAUCACUUAG